AUGAUGAAUACCCUGGCAAACCACGGCUUCCUCCCACACAACGGCCGCAACCUCACCCGCCCGGUCGUGGUCGAAGCCCUAACGACAGCUCUACAUUUCAACGCCUCCCUCGCUGAUCUUAUGUUCGACAUGGCUCUUGUUGCGAACCCGGAGACGGGCGCUGAUUUCUUUACUCUCGACCACCUCAACCGCCACAACGUCCUCGAACACGACGCGAGCCUUAGCCGCGCAGACGCCCACUUCGGCUCAAACCACAUCUUCAACGCGAGCAUCUUCGCGCAAACCCGCGCAUUCUGGACAAACUCCACCCUAUCCGCAGCCAUGCUGGCGAAUAGCAAGGUCGCGCGGCAGGUGGUCUCCAAGGCGUUCAACCCAAAUUAUACAUUCACCGAGUCGACAGAGAACUUUAGCCUUGGGGAAGCAGCGGCGCCGAUUAUUGUCUUUGGGGAUAUGGAUCAGGGAACAGUGAGCAGGGAGUGGGUUGAGUAUUUUUUCUACAACGAGCGGCUUCCGACUGAGCUCGGCUGGACGAGGAAGAGUGAGGAGGUAACGCUCGCUGAUGUGAGCAAGGUCACGGAGAUGAUUGCGGCUGCUGCGAAUUUAAUUACGGAUUCUGGCACUACCGCUGUCCGUUCGAAGCGCGCCGAUCUACAUUCUGGGUUUGGGUUCUAG